UUCGCUCUGUGGGCGUGGGGUCCGCUCCCGCUCCGGUCGCCCGUGGAGACACCGGGAGCGGCGCUCGCAGGGGAUUAUAACGGGAAUACUGUGCUGCCUGUCCCCUCUGUGCCUUGCUCAGGACCAGCCCUUGGGAAUUUCAGGAUCAUUGCACUGAUAAAAUCAAGGCAAGCUGGUCAGGGAGCAAGUCUGCCUAUGUAGAACUUCCCUGCUCCACUGAAAAUGUCUGGCAAAACAACCACCACGACCAACAACAUCGCCCAGGCCCGCAGGACCGUGCAGCAGCUCAGGAUAGAGGCCUCCAUCGAGAGGAUAAAGGUGUCCAAGGCCUCGGCAGACCUCAUGCUGUACUGUGAGGAGCACGCCAAGAAGGACCCUCUGCUGAUGGGGAUUCCAGCUUCUGAGAACCCUUUCAAGGACAAGAAAACCUGCAUUUUGUUAUAGGAGAGGGGCAGCUCCUCCUGGCCAGCCCCUGCAGCCCAGCGGGGCCGGGCCGAGCGCCGCCGCUCCUCCAGGUACCUGCACCCCGACCCCGUCCACACCAUUCCCUCAGCUUCCCGAGGCAUUCCUGCUCAUCCCUGUCUCUGUCAGGAGCUUUCUGACUGAAUCCCUGCCUUUCCUGGCCCAGGGAAUGGGCUCCAGGGUCUCUCUGCAUGGAGGGGUCCUGGUGGCAAUUUGCCAACUCCAUCACGACCAAAGUUGCCUGAGCUUUGCAGAAAAAGCAAAGUUGUAGAGAUGGAAUCACUGGGUUUACAUUUUAUAAAAUUAUGGAUUUUUUUGGUUUUUUUGGGGGGUGUGGGGGGGUUGUGCCUGUGCUGGCAGCACCUGUUUGUGCCCAGACAGGCUUAAAGUGCAUUUUCUAGCCAAAACUACCUUGCAAAAUGGUUGUAGCAGCUGCUGGGGAGCUCCAGGGAGCUGUGCCUCAGCCUUCCUCCCGCUGGCCUCUCUUCCCAGGGCUUUGAAAGGAUAAGAGUUGGGAAUCAGAGGUGCUUUCCUUGCUUUCCAAGAGUUGAAAAAGCAGAAUUUCCACCUUGGAUUCUGUUGCAUUUUCUUCUUGAAUAAAAAAAACCUGUGUUGUUAUAAAACACACCAUGGAAGAAAUGCCAGAACAGGAGGCUGGAAGUGCCCUGGAAGAGCUGGAGGAACGCUGCCCUCACUCCCAACCCCAGCUGGGUUCUGUGCAGGGAGGCAGAACUUGUUUUUAUAAAAAAAAAAAAAUCAUUUUUAAACAGGAAAAAUGCCAAAUUAUCUCCAGCUUGUGGUUAUGCAUUUAUAAUUGGAGGGCCUAUCCAUCUAGUAUAUAUUUUAUAUAUACACAUAAUAAAAAAGUCUUUCUGUGUGUGUGUGGAGAUAUAUAAAUCUUCUAUAUUAACAGUAAAUUUUGAAGGGUUCAGAAAUAUCCUGACUUCAGCUGGCUGCAAAUGUCCUUCUGUGCAGGCAGCUGAAGUGAUCUGCCAUAACCCUGCAUUUCUGGGAGGAUAUUUGCAGAAUUUAUGAACCACUUGUCAUUUACAUUUACGUAUUUGUCAUUUCUGUAUGAAAUUAUAGACCCACUUUUGAUAAAGAUUAAAAAAAGAAUUAAAAAAAAUGAACUUUGCUUAACAAAUCUCUUUUGGCAGAGCUCCAAAAAUCAGCCUGAUAGAGAAACCUGCUGCUUAUCCCGUGCUUGUUGUGCAAAUUAUUUUUGUAAUCAGGAUAUUUUUCUAGUGGCAGUGGAGAAAACCAACAAUGUGGCUCUGCCCUGAUUGUUUUUCUGCUGUGUCUGUGUCUGUCACACUCCUGGAGAGAAUUAAUGAGCUCUGUUAAUUGCUCAGUGCAGGGCUGAGAGGAGGGAAGGACCCUCGUGCUGUUGAUUGUUGUUUUUCCAGGAAUCUGGGAAGAAGCUGGAAUUUUUAUUUGGUUUGAGCUCCCUGUUCCCAGCCCAGCAGGGAUGUUCUUGGUGUCUGCCCUUAAAUAAAGCUUGUGGUGCUGAUCCUGGGUGGAGAUCCAGCACCACUGCCCAAAUCUGACAGCAUUUUAA